AUGACUUCCUCUUCUUCUUCUUGUCCGGAGUCCAAUUUCAUUCGGAUUAUCAGAAUUAAAGGUGCGAAUGGAUCCGAGAAAAUGCUGGAAAUUCCAGCGAAACUCGAUUUGGAAAGACCAAAACGACCGAGAACAGUGUUCACUGACGAGCAAUUAGAGAAGCUCGAAAAAUCCUUCAACGAUUCCGGAUAUCUGAGCGGUGUCACCAGAGCGAAACUAGCAGAAUCCCUCGGUUUGAAAGACAAUCAGGUCAAAGUUUGGUUUCAAAACCGGAGAACAAAGCAAAAGAAAAUCGAAUCCAAAGAACCAGUCAAAUCACCGAUCGAAACUACGAAAACGACUGAAAACUAUUCAAACUUCUAUCAAAAUUACUGGAGUGCCGCUGCCUUUCUCUCCAACAAUGCCAUUUCGUCAUAA